AUGUCAAGCACACCAAAUAAUAAUAAUAAUAAUAAGGCAGAAAAUCAAGCCGAUUUCGUAGAUGAAGAAGAAUGGGCAUUUGUAGAUCUAUGGGAUAAAUAUGAUCAAAAUCUUUUAGAGAGAUUUUGGAAUGAAUUAGUUAAAACAACUUUUAACACUUCAGAUAUUCAGCCAUUGAACGAUUGGAAUAAAGCAAUGUCACCAGAGGCUCAUAAUAAUCCUGAUAUUCCAGAUUUACACAUAUUAUUAGCUUUUAAAGCAAGUGAUUUGGAAACAAUUAAAAAUUCAACAGAGGCAUUUACAACUACAAAUACCUCACCAAGAAAUACUUCCACAGGUGAUAGCAAUACAAAUACAUUUAAUACUGGUGGUAGCGGUAGUAGUGGCAAUAGUACAACAAAUACAACCCCUACUACACCAAUUAUAGUUACAACAUCAAAUAGUAUUAAUAUACCAACUAAAUUAACCUCAUCAACAAGUAGUACAUUGAUACCAACAGCUAUACCAGUUGCAACUCCAACAACUCCAACAACUCCAACAACAACAGCAACCCCAGCAAUUCCAACAACAACAACAACAACACCAAAAUCACCAAUUUCAGAUGACUUGGAAUUGUCAUCAUCAUCUUCUUCAACUAUGAGUAGUAUUGAUUCAAAUUCAACAUCAUCAUCAGCUGUAAUUAGUCCAACACCAAUUCCAUUCAUCAAUACAAGCACAAACAUUUCAUCAUCACCAUCUUCAACAAUUGUUAGUACUCUAGGUAAAGUAACACCACCACAGAUUUUAAAUAAUCGUACUCAAAUUAUUGCUGGUGUAAUUUUUGAAUAUUAUUCAAAUAUUAAUUGUGGUUUAUUUUUACAUAUGAUUAUUCAAAAAAAAUUUAGAAAUAUGGGAUUAGAAGGAUUAUUAGUUAAAAGAGCAAUUGAAAUUUUAGAUAAGAAUGCACAUUCUCAUGGUCAUUUAGCAGGUUGUAAUGCAAUUUUCUUUGAAACUAAAUCAGCAUCAAAUCCAGCUGGUACCAGUACCAGUACCAGCACCAGUACUAGUACUAGUACUAAUUCUAGUGGUAGUAGUAGUAAUAAUAAUAAUAAUAAUAAUAAUAAUAAUAAUAAUAAUAAUAAUAAUAAUAAUAAUAAUAAUAAUAAUAAUAAUAAUAAUAAUAAUAAUAAUAAUAGUAAUAAUAAUACUUUAUGUGUAUCUACAAGUGGUGGAAGUAGUCAUCAAGAUAUUAAUAAAAUUGAUCCAAGACAACAACAUUCAAUUUUACAUAAGAUUGGAUUUAGAUUAGUAGAUUUUGAUUAUACAAAACUACCAUUAAAGAGAUUAGGUAAAUCAAAUAAUCUCCUAUUGACAGUUUAUCUUUCGCCACAUAUACCAUCACAAAGUAGUUUAGAUGGUGAUAAAUAUUAUUUACCAUCAGUAUUAUUAAAGAAUUUCGUAUAUGACCUUUGGGAUACAUCUUAUUUGACAGAAAAAGUUAAUAGAAAACCAGAUGAAGAUCCAGAAUAUGGAAGAGCAUUGGAACAAAUCGAAUUACGUGAAAAGAUACCAUUGUUAGAUUUACCAUGGGGUGCAGGUAAACCAUGGACAUUAGUUGACCUCUAUGAGGAUUAUGAUGAAGAAUUAUUGGAACGUUGUUAUAGAGAAGUCAUGGUACCAAGUGUGAAACAUAGUGAAAUUCCUUCACUUGGUAACGUUUUAAGGGCAAUGUCUCCCGAGGGUGAUGAUUCAUCCUAUCUACCAGAUGUUCAUGUCCUUUUAGCAGUACGUUGGCCAACUGAUUUCCAUAAGGAUGGCAAUUCAUCAUCGCCAAUCAUCGAUGGUCUUUGUGUUUUCGAAUAUCAUACCGAACAAAAUUGUGGAAUACUCACUCAUUUAAUUUUACAAAAAAAGAAUAGAACAUCAUUGAAUGAUGGUUUGGAUAGUUUAUUAGUGGAUAGUGCCGUAGAUAUCCUUGAUACCAAUGCAAGAGAACGUGGUAAUUUGGCAGGUUGUAAUGCAAUUUUCAUUCAUAUUAAAAAUGCCCCAACUUCACCAGUUAGUCCAGAUGUUGUUGAUAUUUGUCAACAUCAUAUGGUAUUAUAUAAAAUGGGAUUCAAACUUUUAGACUUUGAUUUCUAUAUACCACCAUUGGAUUUUCAUUCAGCACCAAAGAAAAUGAUGUUAGGUUUAUUCAUUACACCAUUGAUCCCAAAAUCAAAUGAAAAAGGUGAUCGUCCAUUCAUUCCAUCAAAUCUAUUGAAAUUAUUUGUUGAACUUCAAUGGAAUAAUGCUUUUGGUUCAGAACAAAUUAAGAAUUCACCAAAUACCUACUUGGAAUAUCAACGUAUGAUUGAACAAAUAGAAUUACGUGAACGUAUUUCAUUAUCGGAUUUACCAUGGGAUGCAGGUAAACCAUGGACAUUGGUUGAUCUAUGGGAAGAUUAUGAUCAAGAGUUAUUGGAACGUCUAUACAAAGAGAUUAUGAUACCAAACUUUUCAAAUAAACACGAAUUGGAACCAUUGGAUAAUUGGUUACAAGCAUUUACUUCAGAGAAUCGUGAUGAUCCAAACAUUUCCGAUCUUCAUAUACUAUUGGCACUUAGAUGGAGCGAUAAUAGUUCACAACCAAUCAUUGAGGGUGUUAUCAUCUUUGAAUAUUUCUCUGCAAAUAAUUGUGGUCUAUUAACUUAUUUAAUCGUUCAAAAAACAUUUAAAGGUAAAGGUUUGGAUAGAAUCCUCGUGGAAACAGCAAUUGAAAUCCUAAAUCAAAAUGCAAAGAGUCAAGGUUUCCUUCCAGGUUGUAAUGCAAUCUUUUUGGAGGUUUACAGUGGUGAAAAGGUAACUUUGAAACAAGAUGUAGUCGAUCCACGUAUGAGACAUUCCAUCUAUCAUCAAAUUGGAUUUAGAUUGAUAGAUUUCGAAUAUGUUGCACCACCAUUAGCUUUGACUUAUCCAAAGUUAAAACAUUUCCUUCUCACAGUUUAUCUUACCGAACAUAUUCCAAAGAUGCCAUUGGAGGAGGGCAAAUAUUAUUUACCAAGUAGCGUUUUAAAGAAUUUUAUCACCGUCCUUUGGAAGAAUGCAAUUGCAACCAAGAAAAUCAUUAAACAACCACAAAGAGAUUCAGAUUAUGUUAGAAUGGUCGAACAGUUUGAGUAUCGUGAAAAAAUACCAUUGUUAGAUUUACCAUGGGGUGCAAGUAAACCAUGGACAUUGGUUGAUCUUAGAGACGAUUAUGAUGAGGAUCUUAUGGUACGUUUUUACAAUGAGUUGAUGUUACCAAAUUUCCCAGUGAAAAAUGAAUUGGAACCAUUAUCAAAUUUCAUUAGUGCUCUCUCUGAAGAGAGAAGAGAAUCAUUCAAUCCACAUUUAUCAGAGGUUCAUGUUUUAUUGGCAUUGAGAUGGCCAACCGAUUCAUCCGAUUUACAACCAACCAUUGGUGCUGGUAUUAUUUUCGAAUAUUUUUCAAAUACCAAUUGUGGUUUACUUUCCUAUUUGGUGGUACAUCGUUCUUCAAGAGGUCAAGGUUUGGCUGGUAUUUUGGUUGAACGUGCAGUGGAACUAUUGGAUAAACAUGCAAAAACUCGUGGUCAAUUGGCUGGUUGUAACUGUAUUUUCUUGGAAACCAAUUCUGCUGAAAAAGUAACCGUACAACAAGAUGUUAUGGAUCCACGUAUGAGACAUACUAUCUAUUAUAAAAUGGGUUUCAGAAUGAUCGAUUUCGAAUAUAUUAUGCCACCACUUUUUCAAGGUUUUGAAAAAUUACGUGGUGUACUCUUAUUGACAGUUUAUUUAACUCCUCAUAUUCCCUAUCAAGAUGUCAAUGGCAAGAAACAAUACUAUCUACCAAAUGUUUUAUUAAAGAAUUUCAUCUCUUCACAAUGGGAGAAUGCAUUCCGUAAUUCACGUCUCUCUGUUAGACCAAGUCAAGAUAUCGAUUUCACAAUGUCAUUGGAUCAAUUGGAGAUUAGAGAACGUGUACCACUAUUGGAUUUACCAUGGGGUGAUGGUAAAGAUUGGAUGAUAGUUGACCUUUGGGAAGAUUAUGAUCAAGAGUUAUUGGAUGCUUUCUAUAAAAAGUAUAUGAUCACUCAGUUUGGUACUUCCGAUGAAUUAGAACCAUUAGAGAAUUGGCAUAAAGCUCUCUCAACCGAGGGUCGUGAUGAUCCUAAUAUUUGCGAUCUUCAUGUCCUAUUAACAUUGGGUUUGCCAGGUGAACAUAAAGGUAAAGGUCAUAAAUAUAUCAUUGGUGGUUUGGUUUUCGAAUAUUAUCCAGAGACAAAUACAGCAUUGGUCACUUACUUGGUUGUAAAUCAACGUUGGUCCGGUAAAGGUAUUGGUACUGACUUAAUUUUACGUACUCUCACAAUUCUCGAUCAAAAUGCAAAACAAAAAGGUCAUAUAGCCGGUUGUAAUGCAAUUUUCUUGGAAGUUAUGUUCUUACCACAAUCGGGUGAAUCAGACUCUUCAUUGAGUCAUGUUUUCCUUUUCAAUAAAGGUUUCCGUUUAUUGGAUUUCGAAUAUUAUCAACCACCAACCUCUUUAAGAAAUCCAAAAUCAAAUAAUGUUUGUUUAACCGUUCUAUUGACUCCACGUAUUCCAAAGCAUGGUGUUGGUAGUGAAAUUCAACCAUUUGUACCAUCUUCUUUGUUACGUUCAUUCAUUACAACUCUAUGGGAAGAUGAAUGUGGUUUAAUUGGUUAUAACUUUGAAUCUGAUCCAUGUUACCUUAGAAUGAUGGAACAAUUGGAUGGUAAUGAUUAUUUCCAUUGUUUAGAUUUACCUUGGAUUAAACAUAGAAUCGAUCAAAAUUCAAUCAAUCCAAAUAAUUCCACUCUACCACAUAUAAACUUUUCAAAUUCUUUUAAUAAUUUAAAUAUUAGUUAUUCAUCACCAAAUCCUGUACAUUUAAGAGAUUUUAAAAAUCAACAACAACAACAACAACAACAACAAGUACAACAAUUACAACAACAAGUACAAAAAGUACAACAAUUGACAGCUGGUACUAAUUUAGGUGGUAAUAGUUUAAAUUCAAGUGGUAGUAUUUAUAAUAAUAGCGGCGAUAAAAAAUCAUCACUACCACCAUUACCAAAUCCAAAUAACCUUAGUAAUAAUUAUGAUAGUGAUCAUCUUACAAAGAAUAAAAAUUUAUUAAAAGUUUCAACACCAGAUGGCAAUAGUUCCUCUGCUCCUGGUUCACCAAUUUUAUCUCCUCAAUCAAUGAAUUCAGUUUUCCCACCAAACGCUCCUUUAUCACCUGCUCUUUAUCCUUCAAAUUUAAGUAAUUCAACAUUGGCCCAAAGAGUUACAUUGGAUAAAUAA